AUUUCCAACCCUUUUUUUCUCUCACUGCCUCCAUUUAUCUGUCUCUGUCUAUCUCUCCUUCUGUCUCUCUCCAUCUCUGGGAGAAUCUCAAUUGAAUACUCCUUGCAUCCUCUCUCCUUUCCUCCUACUCAAAACCCAUUGGAUGAGAAAGCCAGUGGUCCCGCCCCUCUGGCCUCCUCCUCCAAUGGGUUUUGAGAAGGAGGCAAGGAGAGAGGACAUCAGGAGUAUGCAUUUGAGUUUUUCCCUCUGUCUAUUCUCUCCCCCUCUCUCCCUUGUACGUUCUUCCCCAUCCUGGGCUGGUAGUCUUGCUGAAUCGGCACGAGAGAGAAGAGAUGUGGAGGAAUGCCAGAGUGUGACAUCAUCAGUGACAUGGGCAAACAACCACAGGAGCAGAGGAGAGAAAACAAAGGAGAAAAACUGGGAGACUGGAGGAGGGAGUGAUCAAGACACAGGCUCAGAGUUUGGCUCUGCUCAAGGGGAUGGUGUGUCUGCUCUCCUUCAUGUAAUAAUGUAUAGGGGUGUGUCUGCUCUCCUUCAUGUAAUAAUGUGUGUGGGUGUGUCUGCUCUCCUUCAUGUAAUAAUGUAUGUGGGUGUGUCUGCUCUCCUUCAUGUAAUAAUGUAUAGGGGUGUGUCUGCUCUCCUUCAUGUAAUAAUGUAUAGGGGUGUGUCUGCUCUCCUUCAUGUAAUAAUGUAUGUGGGUGUGUCUGCUCUCCUUCAUGUAAUAAUGUAUAGGGGUGUGUCUGCUCUCCUUCAUGUAAUAAUGUAUGUGGGUGUGUCUGCUCUCCUUCAUGUAAUAAUGCUCUUUGGCCAUCUAGAGGUUUCAGUAAGAGCUUUUACUAGCUGAGGGUUGUCAAAGUCCAUUCUGUCUUCUUGGUAAUGUACUAUUGUCAUUACAUACAUGUGUUACAGAUUACAAAGAGCUUCACUGCCAAAGAUUAGGCCUAGGCUACUAAAUAGUGAUCAAUUCGACUAUAACAAUUUAAAAUCUCAGUCGGUGUGGUUAAAUCGGUUAUGUAGCAGCACUCUAGUCUGAGCUUCAAACAACAACCUUUUCAUUUCCUGCCAAAGAACGAGCGUAAUAGUUUCAGCUUAUUUGUAUCAUAAUUCCUUACUGUAAUUAUAGAUGCAUGUACUGUUAGCAACAGGUGGGAGUGGCCGUCUCUCUCUACGGCGUGUGCUGCCGUACUUUCUCUGGCUCGAGACAAACGCGGCUCUAAUUAUACCACCACCAGACUGCAGGAGGCUGCGGCAACACAGAUAGCCUGCUUUUUUUCAACGGAUAAACACAGAGAGACUAAUAACGGCGGACUAGCUUUUAUAAUCACCGUCCGCUCUCCUUCAAUAUCGAAAAACUACUGGGACCAAAGACAGUCUCCAUUCAGUCUUUUCUGUCCCCUGUCUGUCUCUCCCUCCUUCCCUUCCUCUCUGUCUCUCAUCCUCUCUUUCCCCUUUCUCUCUGUGAUGCGGGGCUGUAGGUGAGGCUGCGGGUGAGGGUCCGUGUCCAGUCCGAAGCUGGGGAAGCUAAAGGUGGUGCGGCGGCAGCUGCUGCAGAGGUAUGAGCACCAGCCGUUUGUGUCGUGUCUGGCUGGUCUGUACGGCUGUCAAUGGAGACGCUACCAGAGGGCCAAGUCUCAGCCUGGGGAGUGCUGCUGCAGCAAGGUGGAGUGUGGGAGCGUGGUCCUUCUGGUCCUGACCUUCCUCCUCUCCUCUCUGUUCCUCUACUUCUGGAGCCAGGCUCACAACGAUUACAAUGAUUUUGAUUGGUUUAACUUUGAGACUCUGGGAUUCUGGUUCCCCUGGUCUCUGGUGCUGCUGGUUGUUGCUGCUGCUCUGUUCACCUACAUCUCCCUGCUGCUGGUACUGGCAGUGUGUUUACUGUCUGAGGGACAGAGGCUGUACCUUCACUGGAGUCACAAGAUGGGGAUUGUGGUGACCCUGGCAUUCGCUGUCAGUGCCACGGCUGUUCUUUCUGAGGUGUGGAGUAAAGAGUGGAAGACCCUCCUCCUCUCCCUGCAGGUCACAGCCCCCUUUCUUCAUGUAGGCGGGGUUUUAUUUAUGACUCUCCUGUCCUGGCCAAUAGCGCUGCACUUUUUUCGCAUGAACAAGAGAGUGCAUCAGGUGUGUCUGUUGGGUGUGUACCUGAGUGUAUUGUUCAGUCUGUACCUGGUUCCUCUGGCCAUGUAUUCUCCCUGCAUCAGAGAAGCUGGAACCCUGGGACCCAAACCAACACUCCUCGGACACAGAGGAGCUCCCAUGCUUGCUCCAGAGAACACUCUAAUGUCUUUUGAGAGUGCAGUGGAGGCUGGAGUGGACGGGCUGGAGACUGACAUCACUAUAAGUGCUGAUGGCGUUCCGUUUGUGAUGCAUGACCUCACCCUGCAGAGGACCACUAACGUAGAGGAGGUGUUUCCUAACAGAACACACACACCUGCUGCCCUGUUCACCUGGUCUGAUGUACAGCUGCUCAACGCUGGGGCCUGGUUCCUCUCUUGGGAUCCUUUUGGCACGGUGUCCUCUCUGUCUCCAGAGCAGCGAGCGCUAGCUGCCAAUCAGACUGUUCCCUCCCUGGCUGAAGUUCUGGACGUAGCGAAUCGGACGGGCAGGACAGUGUUGUUUGACCUGAGACAGCCUCCUCCUGGACACCCUUAUAGAGACAACUACCUCAACAUCACCCUGGACCUCAUACACACACACAUCAACUCCAGCCAGGUGCUGUGGCUGCCAUCAGAUCAGAGAGAGGAGAUACAGCAGGUGGAUCCAGAGCUGCAACAGACAGCAGGACAGACUGCCUCUAUUCAGGAACUACAGGACAACCACAUCACUUCCCUCAACCUGCACUACAGCACCAUGUCUCUACAACACAUAAGUAAGUACAGGUCGGUGAACAUCAGUGUGAACCUGUAUGUAGUGAAUCAGCCGUGGCUCUACUCUCUGGCCUGGUGCAGUGGAGCAUCCUCUGUUACCACCAACAACAUGCUGCUGAGAGAUAUACACACACCGCUGCUCCUUGUGACUCCAGAGCAGUACAGUGUGAUGUGGGUUUUGACUGACCUGGUCUCUGCUGCUCUUAUCGUCUGCAUCUUCAUAUUCCACUGGUGGCGUGAGCGAGGCUUACACUUCUGGUCAGGCAGUCGGCAGACACACAAGACCGGGCCUUAUAGCAAGUUCCGGACCGAUCCAGUGGAGUCAGGGAGGGGUCGAUGGAAUCCCUUCCACUCAGAGUCUCCCACUAGAACCCUCAUCUCCCUCCCUCUGGACCUUAACCCAUGAACCACUCAACUCGUGAACCCUGCAUGAACCAAUGAACCUCCCAUGAACCAUCUGGUUCUCAACCCUUGAAACCUGCAUGAACCACUGAUCCUCCCAUGAACCAUUCCCAAACCCCAAACCAUUGGACCUCAACCCACACAUGAAACCUGCACCAACCGCUGACCUGAACUCCAACUACCACACCCCUGACCUCUAACCCCUAUCCUUUGCCCGGCAGAGCUCAGCGACGUCUGGUCCAUCUCCAGUGGGAAUGUCCGAACGGAACUACGGACCCCCAGUACCCUCCACACCAUCACAGAGGAGUAACACACAGACACUCACACAGAGGCACAUAAGUACACACACACACAGGCACACAGGCACACACACAGACACUCACCCAGUCACACACACACAAAGUGUGAACGCACAAGAAUAAGCAAAGGAAAACGGGGAGGAAAACAAGAGGAGGAACUGAAUGUGUAAAAAGAGGAAGAGGGUGAUGUAAUGUGAAAGAUGAGUCAGUAUUUUGAUCAUCCUGACUAAGACUGUUGUUCCUGUGUCCUCACCUGACCAGCUCAUUCACACUCAUUCUGGUGACCACUGGAACUACACAACUGAACUGCUCAAGUAUGAAAUAUAUACUGAACAAAAAUAUAAAUGCAACAUGUAAAGUGUUGGUCGCAUGUUUCAUGAGCUGAAGUAAGAAAGACCAGACAUUUUCCAUAUUCACAAAAAGCUUAUUUCUCUCAAAUUUUGGGCACAAAUUUGUUUACAUCUCUGUUAGUGAGCAUUUCUCCUUUGCCAAGAUAAUCCAUCCCCCUGACAGGUGUGACAUGUCAAGAAGCUGAUUAAACAGCAUGAUCAUUACACAGGUGCACCUUGUCCUGGGGACAAUAAAUGUCCACUUUAAAAUGUGCACGUUUGUCACACAACACAAUGCCACAGAUGACUCAAGUUUUGAGGGAGCGUGUAAUUGGCAUGCUGACUGCAGGAAUGUCCACCAGAGAAUUGAAUGUUCAUUUCUCUACCAUAAGCUGCCUCCAACAUUGUUUUAGAGAAUUUGGCAGUACAUCCAACCAGCCUCAGAACCACAGACCACGUGUAACCACUCCAUCCCAGGACCUCUACAUCCUGCUUCUUCACCUGAAGGAUCGUUUGAGGGGGGGGCACGGCUCCCCAGUGGGCGGGCCUAUGCCCUCCAUGGCUGCACCCCUGCCCAGUCAUGUGAAAUACAUAGAUUAGGGCCUAAUGAAUUUAUUUCAAUUGACAAUUCUUUCUAUGAACUGUAACUCAGUAAAAUCUUUGAAAUUGUUGCAUGUUGCGUUUAGAUUUUUGUUCAGUAUAUAUUUUUGGUUCUCAUAACUGUACAGACAUCAUCUGCAUUUGAGGAAUUGAUGAAUAGUGUCUUAUUUUGUGUGUGAGUAAGUGGAUGCAGGUGAACACUGACUGUACUGUGGUUUUAAUGAUCAUGAGUUGCUAUUUAGAUUUGAAUGUAUGACCAAGCAGUAGCCUAGUGUUUUAGCAUGGCAGUGAAUACAGCGUCUGCUUCUGCAAACAUACAUCUAUCUAUCAUGAGAUCUACUCCUAAACAAUUGUUUAUUUUGAGGUUGUAGAAGCUAUGUGAGAAUGUCUUUCAGGUGUUGUGUGGAAGGUUUCUGGUUUCUGGUGUUAGUCUGAGGGUUGGUUGGUUGGUAAUGGCUCUGCGGACAGUGUUGAGCGGGAGACAGUAGAUCUAAGUGCCAUAGAAGACACACUGUCUACAAGCCACUGGCCAGCCAUAAAGAGGAUAGAAGAGAGGUUUUAGGGGGCUUCUACAGAACUUUUGUAAUUAUCUGACGCCUUCUAGAACUCUCACAAUACAUUCUAGAACACUCCAAGACAAAGAAAUACAUGUUGACAAUCUGUAUGUUCAAAGUAAACCAACUAACAACAGAGCAGUUGAUAUUCUGAUGACCAGAGGGCAAAAUAAUGAUCUUCUGCCAUUGGUGGAAUUGCACUCCACCUUGCUUGCAUUAGAGACCGCUAGGCUAUACAAAUACUAUGCUAUCAUGAAUCAAAACCUAUAUUUGGUCCCAACAAUGAUUCAAAGGUAUCAAACGCUCUGAAUGUAAUUGUUGUUAAAUAGCAAAAGGCUACAUAGUAUUUCUGGUUGUUUUCUGUUUAACAGGACGACCAUUUUGUUUUAAUGUAUGAGCCUUCUCUAUGUUAUUUUACUGAUUUUCUGACUGUAAAUGGUAUUACCUGAUAUUAAAAAUCUUUAAAGGGUU